CUCAUUUGGAAUCAGAAAUGGCAGUCACGCCUUUUCCACUUUUCCUUUUAAUUCAUUUAUUUAUUUAUUUAUUUAUUUUCACCAUUUACUCCCAAUAUUCCAUGGAUAUUGGAAAUACCUUUCCAUCCGAUCGUUCUGCUAAAAAUCCCUUUCCGGCAAAUGAGGGAAUCAGAUUUCCCUGGGAUUAAAUGUUAAAUCAUGCAUAAGACAACAAAAUAAUCAGAAUUUAUAUGUCAGUAAAUCUAUGCCUAUAUGCUGCGAUGGGCGAAGAAGCGAAAAGUGCUCACUAUGAUACCGACUAUGGCUGCGACGGCGAUGGAAAUGAGGAUAGGGUUACGGAGUGGGAAGAAGGCCUUCCGAGCGCCGAUGAUCUUACUCCUCUGUCACAGGUGUUGAUCCCACCGGAGUUGGCAUCGGCGUUUAGUAUUCCUCAGUCUCACACCCUCACUUCUCCGAAAAUUUUCAAUUUCAAUCCGUUAAACGAAGAGAGGAGGAACAGAGAUCGGAUCGUUGUUGACGAUGAUACAGAUCCGAGCCGAGAGGAAUCCGAGCCAAGGAAGACACGGAGGAUAGAGUUUUUCGGAGGAGCGGAGGAGGCCGACUCGCCAGAUCGGAACGAGAAUUGCGGCGACGAAUCGUCGGGAAGGACAGUGAAGCGGCCGAGGCUGGUGUGGACGCCGCAACUGCACAAGCGAUUCGUGGACGUGGUGGCGCAUCUCGGGAUUAAAAACGCGGUUCCGAAGACGAUUAUGCAGCUGAUGAACGUGGAGGGGCUGACGCGGGAGAACGUCGCGAGUCAUUUGCAGAAGUACAGGCUGUAUCUGAAGAGGAUGCAAGGAUUAUCGAACGAGGGGCCUUCCUCUUCCGAUCAUCUGUUUGCUUCCACGCCUGUGCCUCAGAGCUUACACGAAUCCGGUCGCAGCAGCUACGGGAUGCCGCCAGUCCCCAUACAGUUUCCGCCGCCGCCGCAAAUAGUGCCGAUGAUUGCCAUGGCUGCAGCGGUUCAUGGACAGGGGCACAACAGUCAUUACGGAAAUGUAAACGGUGGAAUGUCUAAUAGCUUUCACCCUCAGUAUAAUCUGAUGCCCCAGAGGGAUUGGCUAGGGAACAGAUAUGGCACAUAUCACAGUAUUACUCCUGCUGAUGAGUGAAAACCAGAAAGGAUAGAGAUAAGGUUCCUUCGUCCUAUGAUAUACCAAUUAAAGUACAUACUGAAAAUGCCAAAUUGGACAUUACUUUUUCUGGGGUGAUUGGAAUAUGAUUUUUUAAGAACGUUUCAGUGCGUUCUAAGCAAAAGAUGUAUAUGAAUAACAAAUCAACUUAUGCAUUGGUGCUUCAAGGAUAGUCUGUGGCAAUUAGUAAGGGGAGUGAUUUCUCAGCCCGUGUUCUUAUAAUCUUUAACUGAAAUUCCCCAGUGAUGAAUAUGGUCGAGAGGUUUCAGUUAUAUGUGUAGGUGAAAAUUAGAGAAAGAUUUUGAAACUGGUGAACUUAUCUAAAAUUUUCUUCAAGUGAGGGAGAGAUAAUUUAUCAUUUUUUGAAUCCUUCCAUAACACUCUCCCUACACUGAUCAUUCUCGUUGUUCAUUGUAUUUGACAGAAGAUUUUAGGAAGAAUAAGUUUGAGAUCAUAUUUUGAGAAGAUUUCUCGUGGUUGGGGGUGUACUCAUUCAUUGAGCUGCCAAUUCGAAAUAGCCAUACCUUAAUUUUAACUUUCAUCCUUUUGUUGUGGUUUGAAAAGGGCAAAUUGGUCAUUAUAUUUGUGGGGGUGAUUAGAAUAUGAUUCC